UGCAAUCCUUGCAAUUGCAAGCCUCAGCUGUCAAUUACAGAAGUGACAGCAGAGUUAAAAUGGAAUCCUUUGUGCAGAAACAGUUCAACAGGUGCACGACAGAAGUGUAGUAACUUGGAAAGACAAUUGGCCUGAGAAUCACAGGGAGAGGAAAGUAGUCAUGAUGAAUCAAUCGACACAACACAGAGACGAUUUCUUCAUGGGUAUAACACAAGCCAUUGAUUCUGGCCCUGGAUCUACAAGACCCAGCCCUGCACAGCUUGGGGUGGAAGGUGGAUCUUUACACAGGCUCCUGCGAUCCCGGGAAUACAAUCUUUUUGCUCAGUCUGCCGUCUUUGAAAGUGAUUUUAUUCAGGUGACCAGACGAGGAAAUCUGGUGGACAUCCACAAUAUCCCAACUCUCUUGACUCUGGGAAUAACAGCCUCCGUCCCAUUCUUACCCCUCCCAAAUAUCUUGAUCAUUGCCAGCAGAGAUAGUGAAUCCAAAGGAAAAGAGGGAGAAGAAGGAUGCAUGAAGAUAACGAGGAUGCUUCCCAUGAAACUGGUGCGAUUGAGUGUCCACGAAAAGGUCAAUAGAUGUUUGAAGCUGGUCCUGGCUAAUCGAAGCACUUUUUACCUCCAACUCCAAGACAAGCACUCCAACCAUGUCUUCAAGCUCUGGGAAGAACUAAUUCACAUCAUUUAUGCUGGGCUGUCUAUAACAUUCAAAGAUACCAGUGUUAACCUCCCCCAGACCUCCAUGUGUGACUCAAGGAGCUCCUCAACCUCAGUCAUCAGUUCUGAGAAAUUCACCUACGAAGCUCAGAAAUCCUGCCGGAAUAUUCCCAUCAAGAGUAAUGCCACAGCAAAUCCUAAAAUAGGAUUUUGGAAAAGAAACCAGCUCUUGGUUGGGAAAGAGAUUUGGGAUGGCUCUGAUGAUGUUCACAGUACUGAAUCUUCUGGAAGCACCCUCAGAUUGCAGCCAAUUUAUGGAAAGAGCCACAUUAAAGUCGUCAGGAAAGACUGGGUGCCUGAUACUCAGGAACCUCAAAAAAUACGAACAAGAACUGAACAAUUACUCAAUGUGAAAGAAGAGAAAAGCCCAGGAGACGAGUGGGAACAGAUUAUUGAAAGAUGCUCCUGUGAUCACUGCAAAACGUGUAAUCAAGACUUGGCACAACACACCCUGCCCUGUAAACAGAAGAAAGCUGAAACUGGAGAACAAGAGGAGGAGGAAGAAGGUGAAGGAGAAUCUAAUGCAUUUGAGGCAGAAGAUGAAGACCGCACCUAUUUCGGACUCUGGGAACGUGACCGACCAACACUAAUGCCACUUUCCAGGCUUAGCAGCCUCAUUGCUGUUGGCCUUAGAUAGUUUUAAAUUUUAUGUUUUUUGGAAGACAAAAUCUGUUUGAUUUAUAUUAAAAAAUUAUCUGUAUCUGACACUUUUUGAUUAUGAUGUGACAACAAACUGUCAAUAUACACUAGUCAGUAAUUUAAUUGCUGAAUAUUUUCUCAGCUUAUCCCGCAAUUCAAGAUUACUAUCAUUUAUCUUUAAAUAUACUGGAAGGUUGCCUCUACCCUGUCCCAUCAAGUCUUUAAGGGCAAAAACAGUAUGAGCCAUAUACAGAGUAAAGUUUUCUCUAGAUUAUUCAUCAGCAGGUUGAAUAUAGCAUGGGUUUGAUAUACACUGGAAAUUUCCUCAAGGGUUUCUUGUAAUACACAUCAGAGUUUACAUGGUGCAGCCCAGGUUUUCAUUUCAAGUUACCAGUUACCGAACAGGAGAACACCCAAAGACACUCAUGGAAAUAAGGUACAGCUUCCAUCAACCUCUUUUAGGCUAGGUACAGCACAGAGUAGAAGCUGUGCAAAGCUUCUCCAGGUCAGAUGCAAUAUAAGUUAGAUAAACAGUUUAGCUCCUCAACACAAUGACCAUCAAGUCAGAUGCAGUACAGAUUAGAUCCACAGUAAAACUGUUCACACAAUCUAACACUCUUGAGAUCAUAUAGGUAUAUGCAAAAUAAGGCUUCCUAUACACUAUCUAACAGUAUCUUAAUCCCUUUUUGUGCCAAGUUCAAGAACAAAAAAUGCUGGGGCAGGAUUUUUAAGGGGAUUGAAUAAAAUUUGAGUUCUCAUAGCAUUGUCAUCAUUACCUUCAGUACAGAUUUCUCCACAAAGCAGAUCUAAAUAUUACCGAAAAGAAAGACAUUGUGCUGAACCUUUUAGGUGUAAUUCUAUUACUGGGUAGCACUGCCAUGUAAAACUGACUGUGCUAUUGUCACAGAAACCAUCAAUUUCAGGUAAUCAGUAACAUUUAUGAUGUGGCUAACUUUAUGCUUGCUAGAAGAAUGUGUAUUCAUAUGCAGGCACCCAUUUUCAGCAAACUAAGGAAUAUGUUCAGGUUUUGUACUUUUUUGAAUUAUCCAGGAGCUUAGUUCGCAUUGCUUAUUUUAUAGCAAUUCCCCAGUCAAUCAAAGUUAACUUAUCAACUAAUUAGCACCCAUUUCUCCUAUAUCAUUAAUUGCUAUGAAUUGUUUAAAAUUUUGCAUUCUUAUGUUGUCCGGUGAUCUGUAAGGCAAAUAGCUUCAACAUAAUUUAUUUAUUUUUUAGCAAUUUUCAAGUUCUUUUUAAGUACUUAGCAAAAGUCAUAUUUGUAAGGGAACGGAGUUUAAAACUUUUUUUUAA